AUGACAGAACGUUCCCUCAUGAUCCGCCACGCUGUGACAGGGCGUUACUUUGCCGUCGGCAUGGACUUUCCGAGCGCAAGGGUAUUUGACGUGGCGACGGGCUCACUGGCGGCAGUGGUGGAGGUGCCACCACGGAGCCGCACGUCUCUCGCAGUGGUGUCGUUGACGGCGUUGGCGUUGGGCGAAAUUAAUGAGCCUCAUGCAGCGGAGGAACAGAGGAAGGCGAUGGAUGUGGUGGGCAUGUCAGGCGCUUGCCAUGCGGCGGUGGGUUUGAGCAAUGGAACGGUGUUGCUGCACAACGUGCCGAAGGACGAGCUUUUGCAACACCUCGCUGUGUCGGACACGCAACAGGCAAUUACGGCAGCUGCCUUCUGCGGUCGCCAUUUGUUUUGCGUUGUGGGGAAUCGGUCUCUUUGCGUAGUAGAUUGUCUGCGUGGUGAGCGUGUGGGGUCUCAGCUAAGGGUGCAGCAAGACGCUGGGGCCAUUGCCGUCAUGAGGUGCAGAGAGGACGAUGCUGCGAAUGGAGCUCCUGAUGUGGGAUGUAAAUUUCUUAUUUUUGUCUCGGGACCCACCAACGCCGUGUACACACUUUGUCUCGGUAACGAGGGGGCCCAAAACACAGUAGCGACAAUGGAACGAUUGGUGUCUUUUGCGUCACAAGCCUCCCGCUCAGACUUUGCGUGGAUGAGCGGCACGACGCAGCAUCCCAUUGUUGUUACCGCCAGCGCCCAGGAAGGUGUUGUGCGGGUGUGGGAUGCAUACCCCAGCGUCAGCGGUCAAACGACGUCCUCACGCUGCCGCCGCAGCCUCCUCUGUGGCCAGCGCAUUAUGGGCAUCUCCGUAUAUGAUCCCACAACUAUGAAUAGCAGCGCCAACGGCUAUCGCAACGGCGUUGGGGGGAGUGAGACCUUUGUGGCCGCCACGAACUUCACCGGAGCGGUGCUCGUGUGGAAUCUUGGAAGCGCUUUGUUAACACCCGUGGCAGAUCCAGUUCCGACGCCACCAACGCUACGCAUUGUUUCAAAGGAGAUCUCCGCACGACUCCUCUUUGGAGCCUUUAUCCAGGGAGCCGCGGGGGAGUAUCCAUCCCUGCUGGUGUUGCGAGGCCGCUUUGCGGUGCCACAUUUUGAGUCGGUAGACCUACGCGAGGCCGCGCAGCGGGCGUCAAUGGUAUCAUCCAUGACCCCCGCAACGUCGUCAUUGGCAGAAGAGGGUGCCGUCUACGAGUUGCCAACAGGGCCCAACUCCGAGAGGGCAGGGAAGAUCGACGCGGUGCAUGCCGACAUGGAGGUGCUAGACCACGCCUGGGCCACGCACUGUCUUCAACAGCAGCGGCAGCAACGCCUCGCUGCCCGUGCCAUUUACACGCCCUCGGAAGGUUUUGUCCCGCCGGUGUCUUUUCACGCAGCUAGUGUAAAGGACAUCCCGCAGAACAAGCUGACACUGGAGCAGCGCCUGAAGAAACUCUCGCUUUCAUCUGCAGCACCGUCGCAACAACAACAACAGGAGCACUCACAUGCUCUGGGGCUCGCGACGGUUCCCUUGUAUCAGGCGCUUCACGCCAGUGACGCAUCAGCGGUGAUGGAGCUUCUCACUGUUGCUUCGCGGUCUGCGGAGGACAUCCGAGCGACUGUGAUGGGUCUUCAACUGCCGUACUGUCUGGAGCUAAUGCAGAUUAUUGCGCAGCGCGUGCGUGGGGCAACCUCCCGCUCACCCCUAUUUGUUUGGAUAGACGCCAUUGUUCACUACCGCGGAGUGGAGAUGUACCAGGCUCAGCAGUUAUUCAAGCAGCAGCGGCAUCAAGAAGAAAAGAAGAAGAGCGCAUCAUCGAGCAUUUACAGCAAUGGAGUAAAUGACCCUCUGUUGCCAACGUCAACAACAGCAGCAUCGUCAAAGGCAAAGCCUUCACCACCAAAGGAAUUUGUUGCGCCACUGUUGCAUCAAUAUAGGAACAUGACGGCUCUGUACGACCCUCUUGCGGCGAUGUACGGUCGGCUUUCCAUCUUCAAGUCCGUCCGUCCAUCGGAGAAGGGUGUGUUUGUGAAUUCCGACGCAGGUAUCAUUUUUCCGACGAUGUUCACGGAGAUUCGCUGCGCCGGUGGCGAGUAUCGAACAAUGCGAGUGCGGAGCAAGCGUGAUCCCCAUGCAAGGAAGAAUAAAAAGAGAAGUGCUGUGGCUCUUCUUCGAAAAGCACGUCGCCUGGCGGCUGCCGAAGAGGCGGGGGCGGCAGCAGAAGCAAAGGGAACUUCUGAGGACAAUGUGGAGGAAGACUAUGAUGAUGAAAUUGACAUGAACGCUUUGGAUCAAAUGCGUCUGGGAGAUGACACCGACGGAGAGGAGGAAGAGGAAGAAGGAGAGAGUGAUGCGGACAAAGGCCCCGGCAAGCGCGCACGCGGGGAGCAAACAGAAAUGAUUGCAGAGGCGGAGCGCGGCUCAUCGUACGGCAUUGAGUCCUCCACACGCAGCAGUGAGGUGGAGUUUGACACGGCGAGCGACGACGAUGUCCACUCCGCAGCUGCCGAAAAUGACGACGAUGAGGAAGACGAUGACGAGGAGAGUAGCAGCAGCAUUAGUAGUGGUGUCGCCACCGCUGACAUGUUUGACGACGAGGAAUACGAAGACGACGACGACGACGAUGAUGGCGAUGAUAAUGACGGAAUGGGCGAUGACAUGGCGGAGCUGCUAGAGGUGCAAGGCGAGGACAAGGAGCGCGAGGGGCGGCGGCACAAGCGAGUAAGGACAGAACACUAA